AUGAGAGACUCUAAUCAUCGAUCAUUAACGUCGAACAAGCCUAUAGUAACAAUAACAUCUACUGUCUAUGACCGAAGGGCAUUGGAUAUCAACUCUAGUAUUCCGUUAAUAAACUCCCUAAACUACUUAACAUAUCUAACCUCUAAUUCAUCAAAAGUUAGGGAAACGGUAGCUAACGACGGUGCUCUCGAAAGAUUAGUCUCAAUAUUGAGGAGUUGUCAUUUAAGUUUGUUUGAGUUGCUGGAUUUGGAUUUAGAAAAUUUUAAUGAGCACGAAAACAUAAAGGAUCUAUGGAAGGAGAAAAGACUAGCACUAUGCGCUUGGAAAUGGACUUUAACAUUUCAGUGCUUAGUAUUGACAGGUACUAGAGGGACAGAACAAAUUCGUAAAAAAGUGGUAAUGUCUGGGGUCUUAUCUGUGCUGGUCACAGUAUUGGAUAACUAUUUACUAUAUCAUAAAAAUUACGACUUCAUCAAAGAUCAAACAAUGACCUUUGACUUCAAAGGGAUAACCACGGAGACAAUGUAUAAAUUCAUGAGAAAAGAUGAGAAUGAAACAUAUCAGCAGUAUAUAGAGUUCAUUACAGGUCAGGAUAAAUUGAAGUUGUCAACUGACAAAAAUUUUCUAAACGAACGAUUAGUGGCACCGUCUAUGACAAUUCCAACUGAUUUUAGUGAUAUAUGGGGCCGGUUUGCAGACCUAGCUAGCAAUUUUGAACCUGACCAGGAAAGACACGACGACGACAUUGAUAUUGAUAGUGAAGUAGAAAGUGAAAAUUUUGAUGCACAUAAGAAUUUCUUUUCGCAACCAGACAUUAAUAGACCUACAAUUUCCACUCCACGUGAAUUUUUUCUCGGAAGAAUUGUCCCCAAACAAGACGACGUUAUAUGGUCGCUUCAGUUAUUAGCUUUUGUUUCGAAGUAUACAUAUAUGAAAUCAACCCUUCAAAAUGUUGAGCUGGUUGAAUCCCUAUCGUUCAGAAGUAUGGCUUACAAAAUUAAACAGAGAAUCUCAGAAGAGAAUGACUUAGAAGAACAAGAAAGAGACGUAACUGUAAAAUUGUCUUCAUUAUAUCCUUAUUUAUCGAAAAAUCCUGAAAACAAUUCCAAAGUUAAGGCACUAGAUACUAGCAAAAUGGAUCCAUUUUUCAAAGAAUUAGAAGAACUCUCAAACAGAUGUCAACAAGAAGAACAAAAUGAAAUAUGUAAUAACCACUGUCCCGUUCUUAAUUUGUUUGAGCGCUACCGUGUACCGAAACCUAGCGACGACAAUGCCUAUGGCAAAGACAAGGAAAGAAUUAAUUUAAGGAAGAAAAUAUCUGAUAACUUUGAAAGGCGCUGGAGCUACGAUAAAAUGAAAAAGGAAUUAACAAAUAUUGUUUACAAAAACAAGGUACUAACAAAUGUUGUAAACAUCUUCCCCUUAGUCGAAAAAUAUACAGUGAGCGCAGAAAAUACACAUGAUGUUAUAUAUUGGAGUUCUGUCAUCAUGAGAAAUUCAUGUCGAAAAAAUGAGAUCUUAGGUGUGCGUCAGUGUGCCAAUUUUUCGUGCGGAAAAUGGGAAGAUUUUCCAAGACAAUUUGCAAAAUGUCGUCGAUGCAAAAGAACGAAAUAUUGCUCACGAAAGUGUCAAUUAAAAGCAUGGGGAUAUCAUAGGUAUUGGUGUCACGAAGUUGGAUCAAGUCAUAUGAGAUCCACGAAUACUACCACAGGUGUCAAUACCCCAAAUGAGCCUAGUUCUUUAAAUGCCACCGCUACUACAGCAGCUGAUGUUUCGAAUUCUACCAGUACGUUCACUCCUAAUAUAUCCACCACCGUACCUGAUGAAAUAAGCAAUAGGGAUGAAAAUAGCAUACCUGAGUAA